GUUAAAUGAUCUGGCACAUGUGCGUUUUCGGAUGAUCUUAGUCUUAAUCGAUCUCGGUGAGACUUUGUAUAUUGUCUCCAUUUCUUGCGUUGCGAUCUAAUUUCUCUUUCUAUCAUUUCCGAAACAAGCUUCCUUUGUUUAUUCUUUCGUUGACGCAAGUAUUUCUGAUGCUCUUUUUCCCGCUGCUCCUCACGUUUUUCCGGAUCUUCUCUUAUUUUACGCCUCCGUUCUCGUUCCCGGUCACGUUUAAUACGCUUUCUUUCUUCAUCAGAUAUUUUCCUAUGUCCAGACAUCUUACACCCUGCUAUAGACUAGUAGAUAGACCUGUGAACUAUAAAAAAUACUUGCAUCAAUGCAUGUUUGCUAUAGUUUUAUAGAGAAAAAAUGGAAUCAAGUCAGUUCCGUGUCACACAGUCAGUUCCGUGUUUUCGCAAUGACACGGGACUUACAACCACGGGACUGACAUUAUUGCACUUACAGCAACAAAAAAAGUAAUCGGUUCAAGAUUUCUAAUUAAUUUUAGUAUGACAAUUAUGGUUUUUGAUACCCGAAGUACUCAUGGGGUAUUUGAAGCAAAAAGAAAAAAUAGUAGCUUUAAAACACUUACCACGGUACUGACAAGAGACAGGUUUCCAAGACAAUUUUUUACUUGUCGGACCCAGUUCCUGCUUAACCUAUCAGUAAUCUGUGCACAUCUUCCGACGAUUGAGCCAAUACUAACAAUUUCCAGUUGGGAUAAUACGGAUGUCACUUACCAUACCUUCCCCCACUACUUUAUGGCGUGAUAUAUGGCGCGGCACGGGACUGGCCAGAUAGCUGGAGACAAAUGCUUUCCGAAAAAUUACUAAAUUAAUUAUUCUUUUUGUUUCACCAAUUUUCUAUAUUGUGGUUAGCUAUGUGCAUACUUGCGAUAUAGGUAUAUCAAGUUUUCAAAACAGUACUUCAGGUGAAAAAAAUGGCAGGUAUUAUCAAGAGACAUCCGCUAGGACAUGGCACGGGACUGACAUUUCAGUGGCAUUUUCCCAGUUAUUUUGUUCUAAAUGGAAGAUAAAUAUUUCAUAUAGUGUGCAAACCGUAAAAAAUAUGUAGCCAAACGCAUCGUAUCAGAUAAUUACAUUGAAAAAAUUAUAACAAAUCAGUUAUUAAGAGGAACUUACGAUGACUCAUGUUAGGGAUAUUAACCCGUAUAGAAACGCCGCAGUCUCACAGACGGCACCUUUCCGGUUAAGGGUUAAGAUACUCUGUUGGUAACUAUCUAUCCAGGUGCCAUGUGGUGAACCCCAUUAGAACUAAGUGGUUGACUAGCAAGUUUGGCAGCUUGGAUCAAUGUUGCAAAAUAUUCAUACAUCACACAGGAAUAAUGUACAAGGACUUGAGUUUUUGAAAUUGAUAUUUGGAUUGUGAAAACAGGAGAUUGAACAAGUUUGAUAAAGACACCACAUCUGUGAAUAGGCUACUUUUUUCUUUUUGAGCUGUCCAACCAAAGUCCCAGCUUAUUGUACCUUUCUCCUCAUGAUUUGCAGUAGUCUUGAAUUUUGUACCAGCUGAAAUGGGCUACUUAAAAUAGUGUAUCUUUAUAUGAUUUUUCUUAGGCAAAUGUCACAUGAUCUGUGUUUGCUGUGAUUUGUCAAUAUUUCUCAUGGAUUGUGAUAUUUAUCGAACUGUAGCUUGGGUCAGUAAUUAUUGAUGUAUAAAGUUACAUAGAAAUCCACUGAGUCUAUCAGUAAAUACUGAUGAUAUAAAAAAAUACUGGUCUUGUGACGUUCUCCUUAACUUGUAGCUUUACUGGACUUUCUAUGUGACUGGGUUGCUGAUAAUUAUGAAAAAUGUAGGGCACAAGACAUCUUUAGUUUAUUGAUGACAUUGGCCAUAUUGGAUUACAUACCACAAAAUGCUGAAAAACUGUAUGAGGUUAUCUUGCCAUCUUUGGCACAUUCUGAAGCGGCAACUGCAACAGAAUGGCUAGAAGUCAUAUGGUCACUUGUAUUAUUGAAUAGAGCAACUGAGGAACACGUUUCUGGCGUACUAAAUAACUCAUUCAUACAGGAGCUCAUGAUGAAAGGAUCAGGAUCGUUAUCAAUUUCGGCAAAACUGAAGCUAUUGAACAUAGACGGCGCAGCCGAGUUUAUGCUGAAAGGUUAUAGUGGUCCGAGAAUACCAAAAGAUUCGCCUAUCAAACGUUCUGACGUGUUACAGACGAAAGACAAGACGGAGAUGAUUGAUUCAGUGAUAGAUACUUUGAGGCACUUGAUACAGUCGGAAUCACUGUUAAGAGCGAGAAUAAACACAGGAUACGGAUUUUACAUAGAUGCUGAAUGCUUACUUGAUAAGAAGUGCACACCAUUGCCUGUAAAAGAUAGUUCUUCCCACAAAGAUGCUGUUAAGGUGGCGAUGGUAGUAUAUGACUACCAUGAUAUGACGCGUGGCAGGGUGGAGCCAACAGGCUUAAGUGCAUUUGCAGCUGAAAUAUUGAGAACACAAGGUUACAGGAUACUGAGUGUACCUUAUAAUGAGUUUAAGCCAAGAGAAAAGUUGGUAUAUCGUGUAAAAUAUUUAGAAUCAAGAUUGAAAGAAUUAGUAAAGACAUAACUUAUUGGUUGGAAUUGUUAAUAAUAAAGUUUUAUAUUAUUUGA